AUGUCUUCUGCCUCUCCCACCACCACGAUUCCCGGCGUGGUGGCGACGAUCAAGCAAGAAAACGUACUGGAAAUGUUCUGCGGUGGGGCGUCGGAGAAGGUAACCUCGGGCGGCUCGACUCCCACGUCUGCACCGCCUUCUGGUCUGGCGGCGGCGGCAGCUCCUUUUGCUAGGAAGGAAGAAGCCGGGGAAGAGGAGGACGAGGAGGAGGAAGCCGCUGCCGGGAUUGCGGGUCAGGUUCUACUCCACACGGAACUUUUGGUGCGGAAUCACGGCGCUGUUGCCGCCGCGUCUCCCUUGUCCUCGGCUUCGCCUCGGUCCUCCUCCUCUUCCUCGUCCUCCACUUCGCCCCAGGCUCUGCUCGCUUUCUCCCCGGACCACGUCGCUUGCGUCUGCGAGGCUUUGCAGCAAGGCGGGAACCUAGACCGCCUGGCCCGGUUCUUGUGGUCUCUGCCCCAGAGCGACCUGCUACGUGGCAACGAGAGCCUGCUUAAAGCCCGGGCGUUGGUGGCUUUCCACCAGGGGCUGUACGCGGAGCUCUACGGGAUUUUAGAGAGCCACAGCUUCGACGCCGCCAACCACCCUCUCCUGCAGGAGCUCUGGUACAAGGCGCGCUACACCGAGGCGGAGAGGGCCCGCGGCCGGCCCCUGGGCGCCGUCGACAAGUACCGCCUGCGCAGGAAGUUCCCGCUGCCCCGCACCAUCUGGGACGGCGAGGAGACGGUCUACUGCUUUAAGGAGAAAUCGCGCAAUGCUCUCAAGGAGCUCUACAAGCAGAAUCGCUACCCUUCCCCAGCCGAGAAGCGCAACUUGGCCAAGAUCACUGGCCUCUCGCUCACGCAAGUCAGCAACUGGUUCAAAAACCGGCGGCAACGGGAUCGCAACCCCGCGGAACCGCAGUCGAAAAGUGAGUCGGAUGGUAACCCCAGCACGGAAGAUGAAUCCAGCAAGGGGCAAGAGGACUUAUCUCCACGUUCCCUUGCAAGCACCUCUGAUGGCGGCACCAGCUUAAGCCUUCCUAGCCCAAUGGAGCAAGUAUACAUGCAGCAACUUGGAAACUCCAAAAUAUCUUUAAGCUCUUCAGGAGUUUUGCUGAAUGGAAACCUAAUGCCUGCCAAUCCAUCUCCAGUUUUUCUCAAUGGUACUUCCUUCAUCCAGGGCCCCAAUGGUCUCCUCCUCAAUGGUCUUAGUGUGGGAACUUCACAGGCAGUGUCAUCCAGUUCACUCAAAACAUCACCCAAUGCUUUGAGCAAUGGAGCCUCCAUGGUUGACAUGUUAGUCCCGUCUUCAGAAGAUGUGAAAGACUUCAAAAUCCUCCAGACUUCUAUGGCCAACUCCAUUGCCCCAUCAACACCAACAACAACUUACAGCCCCAAUUCUGGGCCUUCCUCUUUCCCAGGCUUGACACCAAGCAUGGAAGUAAAGAGGGAAGAAAAUGAAGAAGCAAUAGCAUCACAAGACAGUGGCUCAGUAGUCACUUUUACCACUCCAAUCCAAAUCAACCAGUAUGGCGUUGUCCAGAUCCCUAAUUCAGCAAACAGUGGCCAGUUACUUAAUGGAGGCAUCAGUUUUUCCCCAGUGCAGCUGCCCCCAGUAUCAGCAACAACUUCCCGAGGUAGUGUUUCAGUAAACCAAGGCACAUCAAGCAAUGGCACAUUUACUACUGACUCUACAACAGCACAACAAGGGAAAGUGUUUUUCGGCUCCCUUGCUCCCAGCACUGUGGUGUACACGGUCCCAAACACCAGCCAGGCAGCUGAGCCGGUGAAACAGGAAGGACUGGAAACGAGCUUGGUGUUUUCUCAAGUCAUGCCCCUUGGUCAAAAUGCCCAACUUCAUGCUAGUCUACCUUCAGACAACUUAUCCGGUGGGGUCCUCCAGCCAGGAGGAACCUCCUCCUUAGUUAACGUGACUGUAUCGCAUAACUUUUCCCUUGGACCACCUUCUCUUUUAAAUGCAGAAGAACUCAACUCAGCUAUUUCUGAGAGCUCACCAAUGCAAGCCCCCACAACAAGUGGGGCGACUGUUGUUUCCAUUAGUAAUGCAAACUAUGCAACGCUUCAGAACUGCUCCCUCAUCAGCAGCCACGACCUGGUGUCUAUUUCUCCAGCGCAGCCGGCACUAGCAGGAAUCAAUCCGGCAGCAAGCAAUGACAUUGGAUCCCACCCCUCUUUGCAAGGGCAUCUCCAUUUCACUCGAGAACAGCGGCUGAUCCUGCAGUCCAUUCCCAGUCUAAAGGAAAACUUUUUAUCUGAUUCAGAAAGCAGAUCAGGAAGCAGUUCCGUGAUGUUGGAUUCCAAAACCAAGUAUGUUACUAGCAAUAUGGUUGAUGCAAUCUGUGAAGAACUGGGGACAGACAAAAAGCAGCUGGCUAAACUCCAGACAGUACAGAUGGAAGAAGAUAUGCAAGACUUGUAA